GCUCAGUUCGUGUUGAGUUGACGAGGCGCGCGGUCGAGUCCCUACGCGCGCUGCUAUUAUUUUGAAUAAUUCGCUUAACGUUCGCUCGUUGGUUAGGCCUUUGGCUAAUUCAUUUGUGCGUGAGUGCUGUAGCCAUGUGGCUGCACCGGUCUAAGCCAGCGACAGUUCAAGUGCUUAUAGCUUCGCUUAGCCAGUUGAGGAGCUGUGUCUAGUCAUGGUGCGUCGCGCCUCGAGCGUGCCCCAUUUGAACAAUAGCGGCGGCAGCAGCGCCGACAGCCUUAAUAAUGCACGCAGCAGAGCUGCGGCUGGGGCGGCUCCUACGGGGCGUGGCAGGCGCGGUAAUCCCGCCAGCAAGACAACAACGCCGACGCAACGUCAAAGCUCCAGCAGCAGCAGUGGAUCCCGUGUACCGCGCUCUCGCAGCCUGACCAACGGCAUGCGGCGCCUAAGUCCGCAAAAGGGCGGCAGCAGCGGGGGAGGCGGAGGCGGAGGCGGAGGCGGGGACGGUGGCAGCACGGGCGGCAGCUCACGAAAUACGCCGUACUUUCUGCGCUCCCGUGAAAAUGAAAUUGGCAGUGCGGACACAUUGGAAAUUGUGGCCUCCAAGUCCACGGGCACAGGCACAGGCACGGGCACGGGCACAGGCAGCGAGGAGCCCUCAACGCCAGAGGACAAUAUCAACGUGGUGGUGCGUGUUCGGCCUUUAAACGACAAGGAGAAACGUGACAGGCACGGAGCCACAUUAAAGUUUCCUGGCAAUGGACAAGUCAUCAUCGAGGGCAACGACACGGGUGCCAAGCGUUCGCACAACCGCGACAGUGUGCGGGUAUUCACGUACAACGUGGUAUUUGAGCCAGGUGCCACACAGGAGGAUAUACUCGACUACUCGGGCAUCAAGCGCAUUAUUGAGAUGGGCAUUGAGGGUUUCAGCUGUACGGCGUUUUGCUACGGACAAACAGGCUCAGGGAAGACGCAUACCCUAACUGGGCCUCCAGAUUUGUUUGUGGGCAAGCCCAAUCUAAAGGAUCCAAGGCAUGGACUCAUAUUCCGGUCGUUUGUGUAUCUCUUCCAAUUGAUUAAGAAUCGCACGGAUGUUAAUUAUGUUCUUAAGGCUUCGUUUAUGGAGAUUUACAAUGAACGGGUAAUCGAUUUGCUUAAUCCGGGAAGCGCACGUAAGCCUCUUGCCGUGCGCUGGUCCAAAAAAUCUGGCGGUUUCUUUGUGGAGAACUUAUUUACGGUGGACUGCGAGGAACUAGACGAUUUACUGGCCGUGUUAGAAGAGGGUAUGAGAAAUCGCUCUGUGGGCUCGCAUGCGAUGAAUGAUCAUUCAUCACGUUCUCAUACGAUACUAACGGUUCACAUACUGUCGGACCAACAAACAGAUGGUGGCGUCUUUCUCUCCAAGCAUGGCAAAAUUAACUUUGUAGAUUUGGCUGGAAGCGAGCUGACGAAGAAGACGAUGAGUGAGGGUAAGACGCUGGAGGAGGCGAACAAUAUCAACAAGAGUCUCAUGGUGCUAGGCUACUGCAUUUCGUCGCUGAGCGAUAAUAAAAAACGUACCGGACACAUUCCGUACCGGGAUAGUCAGCUAACAAAGCUGCUGGCCGACAGUCUAGCUGGGAAUGGGGUUACACUGAUGAUUGCCUGCGUCUCGCCGGCACAUUAUAAUCACGCUGAGACGCUUAAUACACUGCGCUAUGCAUCACGAGCGAAGCGUAUACGGACAAAACCGGUCAUCAUGAUGGAUCCGCGAGAGGCUCUCAUUCUUAGUCUCAAACGAGACAUCCAUGCACUGCAGAUGGAAAAUGAGCAUCUGAAAGCGGCGCUGAAUCUGCAUCAUCAGGCGGCUGAGCCGAUGGACAAUCUCUUGGAGCUACAACUGGAACGCGUUCACACUGGAGAUGUUGGCAUUCCUGUACCAAAGAUGGACUUAGAGCGUUUGCCAGAGCUCGAUGGCAGCGAACUGGCAGAGCUUGUGAAGCUGUAUAUGGCAGAGAAUGAAUCUCUGCGACAGGAAAAUAACCAUUUGUUCACAGUGCGCGAGACCAUAUUAAGGGAUCAAGAGAUUGUAUGCCGGGAAAAUGAGCGUUUGCUCAAGAAAUUGGAGGAAGUGAACAAUGUCUGUGUGCGUUCACCUUUGAUACCAGCAAGACCAGCCAUUUCGCCCACCACGGGUAAGGAAACACCCGGCGCCGAAAUCUGGACAAAUCCGGAAUCAGCUAUUCCAGCUGCCAUCCUACCAUUGGAGCAACGAAUGUCGGAGAAUGCCGAUAAGCGCACACAUACGGCGCAGAAGCGCAUAGAUGAUGAGCGUAUAGCACGAAAUAUACUACUGAUGGCAAAUGCUUUUAGAAAGUCCAAUGGUCAGCUCGCGCUUAACAAGGAGCUGCAAGCAGUCAAUAACAAUAACAUUAAAGAGCUUUCGCAACCAGACUUAAUGCCAGACAUGCUUACGUAGCAAUUCAAUUGAGGUACCUCACUAC